CCUAUACCUCGUUUGUGAUUUAAUGUGGACUGUUUACGUUGUAAAUAUCUGAAGAAUUUGAAUUUUAUAUGUCUCCGAAAUUUAUAGAAAUAUAAGAACAUCAGGAAAGAGAUUUUAUUUUUUUUAGUAGUUUUGUGAAAGGUGUAUACAUUGACAAGUUGAAUUAAUAUCCUUCUACUUGAAGCAAUAAUUAAACAAGAAAAUAGACAUGAAAGAAGGGCAUAACGUGUCUAAUAUAACAAAUGAUGAUUACAUUCACGAAAAUGGAGAGGCUGUUAAUACAGAGGAAUCUCCAGCAAAGCAAAAAUUACGUGGAUGGCUAAAUCGAAACUUAAGAAUAAAAAUGACAGAUGGGCGUAUUUUAAUAGGUGCAUUCUUAUGUACUGACCGUGAUGCCAAUGUGAUUUUAGGAUCAUGUUCAGAAUUUUUGUCAGAGGAUCACACAGAAGCAAGAACUCUUGGUUUAGUAAUGAUACCUGGUAGACAUAUUGUAACAAUACAUCUUGAUGCUUGAUGAGCAAUUGUUUUGUUUAAAACUAGCUAUACAAAAUUUAUUGUCCUCUUUUUUUCGGAUUAUAUAGAAUUUUAUUAUCUCUGUAUUUCUAAAAAUAUACUCAAUAAUGUGAAUAAGAUUAUUAAAGAAGGAA